AUGCAGGCGCGCUACUCCGUGUCCAGCCCCAACUCCCUGGGAGUGGUGCCCUACCUCGGCGGCGAGCAGAGCUACUACCGCGCGGCCGCGGCGGCAGCGGGGGGCGGCUACACGGCCAUGCCGGCCCCCAUGAGCGUGUACUCGCACCCGGCGCACGCUGAGCAGUACGCGGGCGGCAUGGCCCGCGCCUACGGGCCCUACACGCCGCAGCCGCAGCCCAAAGACAUGGUGAAGCCGCCCUACAGCUACAUCGCGCUCAUCACCAUGGCCAUCCAGAACGCGCCGGACAAGAAGGUCACCCUGAACGGCAUCUACCAGUUCAUCAUGGACCGCUUCCCCUUCUACCGCGACAACAAGCAGGGCUGGCAGAACAGCAUCCGCCACAACCUCUCGCUCAACGAGUGCUUCGUCAAGGUGCCGCGCGACGACAAGAAGCCGGGCAAGGGCAGCUACUGGACGCUCGACCCGGACUCCUACAACAUGUUCGAGAACGGCAGCUUCCUGCGGCGGCGGCGGCGCUUCAAGAAGAAGGACGCCGUGAAGGACAAGGAGGAGAAGGACCGGCUGCACCUCAAAGAGCCGCCGCCGCCGCCGCCGCCGCCGCCGCCGACGGCCGGCCGCCAGCCCGCGCCCGCGCCCCCCGAGCAGGCCGACGGCGCGCCGCCCGGGGCGCAGCCCCCGCCCGUGCGCAUCCAGGACAUCAAGACCGAGAACGGUACGUGCCCCUCGCCGCCCCAGCCCCUGUCCCCGGCCGCCGCCCUGGGCAGCGGCAGCAGCGGCGCCGCCGCGGUGCCCAAAAUCGAAAGCCCCGACAGCAGCAGCAGCAGCCUGUCCAGCGGGGGCAGCCCCCCCGGCGGCCUGCCGGCGGCGCGGCCGCUGAGCCUGGACGGCGCGGAGCCCGGCCCGCCGCCCGCGCCCGCGCCCGCGCACAGCCAGGGCUUCAGCGUGGACAACAUCAUGACGUCGUUGCGGGGGUCGCCGCAGGGCGCGGCCGCCGAGCUGGGAUCCGGCCUCCUGGCCCCGGCCGCCGCGUCCUCGCGCGCGGGCCUCGCGCCUCCGCUGGCGCUCGGCGCCUACUCGCCAGGCCAGAGCUCGCUGUACGGCUCGCCCUGCAGCCAGAGCCCCGGCGCGGGCGGCGCGGGCGGCGCGGGCGGGGGCGGCGGGGCGGGGGGCCCCGGGACCUACCACUGUAACCUGCAGGCCAUGAGCCUGUACGCGGCGGGGGAGCGCGGCGGCCACGUGCAGGGCGCUCCCGCGGGCGCCGGAGGCUCCUCGGUGGACGACCCUCUGCCCGACUACUCCCUGCCCCCGGCCACCAGCAGCAGCUCCUCGUCCCUGGGCCACGGCGGCGGCGGCGGCCAGGAGGCCGGCCACCACCCCGCGGCCCACCAAGGCCGCCUGGCCUCGUGGUACCUGAACCAGGCGGGCGGGGACCUGGGCCACCUGGCCAGCGCGGCGGCGGCGGCCGCGGGCUACCCGGGCCAGCAGCAGAACUUCCACUCGGUGCGGGAGAUGUUUGAGUCGCAGCGGAUCGGCCUGAACAACUCGCCGGUAAACGGGAACAGCAGCUGUCAGAUGGCCUUUCCUUCCGGCCAGUCCCUGUACCGUACGUCCGGGGCCUUCGUCUACGACUGCAGCAAGUUCUGACCCCCCGCCUCCGCCCCGCCUGCCUCCCAGCCGGACCGAACCGAACCGAACCCCGGAGCAGGAGCAGCCAAAAGGACCCUCAGCGCAAAAGUGAAACCAAAAACCCAGUCCGUAAAACGUCCACCAAACUAGCAAACAGAAGCCCUCCACACUUUCAAGUCACCAGCAUGAAGAAAAGGCUUUCUUCUCUUAGAAGAUGGAUUCGGAGCCACCUCCACUUUGCUUUAUCUAAACAAACAGAACCGUAAAACUGUUUUGUACAGAGACAGCAGUCAUGGUUUGUUAAAGGGCAGUGUUUCUCCAGAUAACACGUAAGUUUCUUCCUCUUUCCAGAGAACACCUCUCCUCCUCCUGCCCCGUCCCUUGCCCUCUCACCUGUAAGAUAUUGUUUUAUCCUCUAUUGACAGGAGGGAGGAAGUCCCCCAUACGUGGAGAUGGCUUUCUUGUUAUUCCUGGACUUGUUUUAAAAUGUAAAUUGCAAUAUAGUAAUUUAUUUUUGAUUUGUAGUUGGAUGUCCUGGGACCAAACGCCAGAAAGUGUUUCCAAAACCUGACGUUAAAUUGCCUGAAACUUUAAAUUGUGCUUUUUUGAUUAUGAAAAGGGAAACUGUAUUAUUCUUAUUCUAUCAUCUUUGCUUUCUUUUUGUUGAGCAUAUUCAUUGUUUAUUAAUAAAUUACCAUUCAGUUUGAAUGAGACCUAUAUGUCUGGAUACUU